AUGACUCAAGCAUACAUCAUCGGCGAUAGCUCGCCGUUCCUCAAGCGCGUCUUGAUUCCCUUCUGGGUCAUUCGAAUCGCGAUCAUGGUUCUUGAGAUCGUUCUCUACGCCGGAACUAUCGCCCUCGCGGCCUCUAAUAAGGAGACUCUGAACGACUACGGCGACGACAACAGAACAGCAAGCUGGGUCAUUGGUGUCCUCUGUGUCAUUAUGGUUAUCAUUCUUAUCUGCUUGAUUCUCGACAUCGUCUGCAUCGUCAAGCGCUCCCGACGCACGCUCAGCCCGAAAUUCUUCCUCGUCUCCAACGUCAUCCAAACUCUGGUCUGGGUCAUUUUGUUCAUCCUCACCAUCAUCGGUGCUGGCGGCGCAUUUACCUUCAUUAUCGCAAUCGUCAUUCUCGCUUCCUUCGUUGGUCUCCUCAUUUAUGCUAGCGUCAUCUACCACAAGUUCCGCAAGGGCACACUGCCCCGCGGGAACUACGCUCCCGCCAACCCAAGCACUGGUUACACUGGAGGGUACGCCUCCAACGAACCCAACAAGACCUACGACCCGAACGCAGCCCGUUAUGAGAUGGACCAGAGAUACGCAUAA